AUGUCCUAUGGUGGUGGAGAAACUGCUGCGUACCCAGUGUGUAACCACCAUGGGGAGGAUCAAGGCUCCACUCUGCAGCUGAGCACUCUGAGUGGAAAUAGCAAAUCUGCAGCAUUGUUGGAAGUCAGGGAGAACCUCAGCACCAUGCAGUAUUCUCCUGUGGCACUGAAUCCAGACCCCCCCAUGGAUAAAGGAUCCAGGAUUCCCCAGAGCUCUGGGGAAGGCACAAAGCCUGCAGCCUGCUCAGACAGUGGAGCUGGCAGGGCCCGAACCACGAAGUGCUUCCAGAGCCAGUAUCUGACCAAAACCAGCACACAGGGACAGGUCUACAACUUCCUGGAGAGGGCCAGUGGGUGGAAGUGUUUUAUCUAUCAUUUUGCUAUAUUUCUCCUGGUGCUGAUUUGUUUAAUAUUCAGUGUACUGUCUACUAUAGAGCACUGUUCUGAGUUUGCCAUUGGAACUCUUUUCUGGAUGGAAAUAGUUCUGGUGGUGUUUUUUGGUGCUGAGUAUCUGGUCUGGCUGUGGUCUGCAGGCUGCAGGAGUAUUGGCUUCCAGGGAAGGAUCCGGUUUGCCAGGAAGCCAAUAUCCAUCACUGAUCUGAUUGUGGUAGUAGCCUCAGUUAUUGUUCUGAGCAUAGGAUCUAAUGGACAGGUGUUUGCCACCUCUGCAAUAAGGGGGAUCCAUUUCCUCCAGAUCCUUCGGAUGCUUCAUGUUGACCACCAGGGAGGCACCUGGAGACUCCUGGGGUCAGUGGUUUUCAUCCAUCUACAGGAACUCAUAACCACAUUGUACAUUGGAUUCUUGGGAUUAAUUUUUUCAUCCUACUUUGUUUAUCUUGCUGAGAAGGAUGCAGUUGAUGAAGAUGGAAAGACAAGUUUCUCCAGCUAUGCUGAUGUCCCUUGGUGGGGUGUGGUAACAGUCACAACAAUUGGCUAUGGAGACAAAGUCCCCCAGACAUGGAUUGGGAAGACAAUAGCUUCCUGCUUCUCAGUAUUUGCCAUCUCCUUUGCCCUGCCAGCUGGCAUUCUGGGGUCUGGUUUUGCCCUGAAAGUACAGCAGAAACAACAUCAGAAGCAUUUCAAUAGACAAAUUCCAGCUGCAGCUUCCCUAAUUCAGACCCUGUGGCGCUGCUAUGCAGCAGAGAAAUCCUGCACCUCCACAGCCACCUGGAAGAUCUAUGUGACAGCUCCCGUGCAAAAUCCCAAAAAGUCUCCAGCGCCGUCUAGUCCCGGUCUGAGAAAACAGGCCAGAAGAUACAGAAGAAAAGGAAAGCUGGGCUGUGGGAAUGGUUCUGCACCUGUAAUAAAACCAGGAGAAAAUUCCUUGUCUGUUCCCCAGAUCACUUAUGAUCACACUGAUGAACAAGAGGACAAAAAAGAUGUGUCUUUCUACAUAGAUGAACCCAAAGUGGGGAGACACUUGGAAGGGCACACCCCAGACAUGUCACGGGCCAACAGCUUUACUGAUGACAUCGAUCUGAUACCCAAGGAGUCCCCGCUGCCAGCGGCAUCCGACGUGGCACAGUGA